GGAGAAAGGCGAUGAUUCUGUGCGGUGCUGCUGACUGAAACGUUGAGAGCAAAUGAGAGGAGAAAGAGUCAAGCUUUGAUGCAACAUGAGCUCCUAUAAUUAUUAUCGGGAAUAUCAAUCCAAGUCUAACAAUCCAGGAGGUCGGAUGUUUGGAUUGAUCAACCAGGGAUCAACAUGUUACCUGAACAGUGUUCUGCAGGUUCUGUUCAGGACAAGAGGCUUCAGAGAUGCUGUGAACAGAGGCAAAACCCAUGACAGUGCUUACAUAGAUCCUGAACUCAAAGCCUUGUUUGAGGAUUUAAGCAGACGAACAGCAGAAACGGUUCAGGUUACUAAUAAACUGGGCAUUGACAGAGUGAAUCAGCAACGCGAUGCAGCCGAGUACUUUGAGAAGAUCUUAACUCUCUGCAGUGAGGAGGCUUCCCAGGUCUUCCAGGGAAAACUGACAAACAGUACAGUUUGUAAAGAGUGUGAAGACACAAUUGAUGAAGAAGCUGAAUUCAUGAGUCUUCCUCUCGCUCUGGUGAAAUCACACAAGAAAUUUUACAACGUGGUAGAUGGCCUCCAGGAGUUUUUUAAGGUGUCACAUCUGGAUGAAGACAACCAGCUCUACUGUGACAAGUGCAGCCAAAAAAGUGAUGCUUCAACUAAAUGCUUCAUCACACGUCAUCCAGAGGUGCUGAUGCUCCUGCUGAAGAGGUUCGAGUUCAACUACAGCUGUAUGUCAUACGUCAAAAACGACCGGGUGGUGGAUGUUCCUCACACCAUAAACAUACCAGAGAAUCAGACGUAUGAGAUUUACGCCUUUGUGGAGCACUUUGGGAGUCUGAGAGGUGGACAUUAUACUGCAACGAUCAAAAAAGAAGACAGAUGGUUUUGCUUUAAUGACUCCAGCGUCUCUUAUCUUAGAGACCAACCUUUCCAGGAACACAAGAGUUUAAAAUCCCAGAGUGCUUAUCUUCUGUUUUACAAGCGGAAAACUCAUGCUGCAGGUGGAGGUUUCCCUGACAACAGAGGAGUCCUGCAUGACGCCAAUAGGAACCCAGCUCAUUGUGUGGAGAACAAUCAUGAUGAGGAAGGAGAGUUAGAAAUAGUCAGAACAGACACUAGAUCAAAUGAAACAUCUAGAAGGUUGGAAUCUGGUCUCAGUGUGGAAGCAGGUCAAAACAGAGAAGUUCAUCCGAACAAACCGUCACAUGGUUACCAAGAUAAUCAACAUGUAAAAACGGAGGGCGAGGACAGGAAGUCCUGCAACACGGCAGGAAAUGACCAGGAAGAGAAAAG